AAUAAUAUGGCGGCGUUUGUGGAUUUCCUGGCCCUUGUUUCUUCACUCUACCUUCAAUCCUUCAAUAUAAUCCACUAUCGUCCCCCCACAAAAGUAGUAAGGUAGUGGCGGCCAUUGCACUAAUCUCUCCGCCGUUUUCUGAUUUCGAUUGAUUGUUUCUUUUUCGUCUGCCGAUCCGAUUAUCGAUCCAAUCUUCCUGCUCGUUCAUGCCCUCUCAGUGGUGAUCGAACUCGUGUAACCAUGGAGAAGACAGAUCAUGGACAUAAGUUAUAUACAAGGAUGAGGCUCUGGGAGUUUCCGGAUCAAUAUGUUAUUGAGCCUUCUGAUGGAUCUUCUGGUUCACAUUUGGCAGUCAGUCGGGCGGAUGCGUCUAUGAGUUUAAUCGAUGAUAUACCGCAUUACAGCUCACUCCGUGUUCCUAAAAUUAAGGAAAUCUUUGGUGUUGCUGGGAUGCUAAAGCUUGUGGCAGGAUCAUACUUAAUCGUAAUAACGGAUCGCGAAUGUGUUGGUUCUUACAUGGGGCAUCCAAUUUUUAAAGUUGCAUCCUUGAAGGUUUUACCAUGUGACCAUUCCCUCAAGAACUCUCCUAUAGAACAGAAAAAAAUGGAAGCAGAGUUUUCCGGUUUACUAAAUGUUGCAGAGCAUACUCUAGGCCUGUACUUUUCUUAUGAAGUCAAUGUAACACUGAGCUUACAGAGGUUAAAUGAUUUGGGUGAAUCUAAACUACUCCCUCUUUGGAGACAGGCAGACCCUCGGUUUGUGUGGAACAACUACAUGAUGGAAGUUCUUAUAGAUAGCAAGCUCGACCCAUUCUUGCUACCUGUUGUCCAAGGCAGUUAUCACCACUUUCAAGCAGCCAUUGGGAAAGAUAUCAUUGAUGUUACACUGAUUGCACGAAGGUGCAAUAGAAGAACUGGCACACGGAUGUGGAGGAGAGGUGCUGAUUCUGAUGGAUAUGUUGCAAAUUUUGUGGAAAGUGAACAAAUCUUGCAAAUGAAUGGUUUAACAGCAUCAUUUGUUCAGGUCAGAGGGUCAAUCCCAUUAUUGUGGGAUCAGAUUGUUGAUUUGACGUAUAAGCCCAAGUUCGAGAUAGUAAGACAAGAGGAAGCACCUCGAGUGAUUGAGAGGCACUUUUUGGAUCUGAGAAAGAAAUAUGGGAAUGUGAUUGCUGUUGAUCUUGUCAAUAAGCAUGGAGGAGAAGGGCACUUAAGUGAAAAGUUCUGCAAUGCAAUGCAACAUAUUGCCGGUGAAGAUGUGAAAUACUUGCAUUUUGAUUUUCAUCACAUAUGUGGGCAUGUUCAUUUUGAGAACCUCUCCUUUCUUUAUAAUCAAAUUGAAGACUUCCUCACCAAAAACAGGUACUUUCUACUGAAUGAAAAAGGUGAGCAACUUGAGGCUCAACUUGGAAUUGUGAGGACUAAUUGCAUAGAUUGCUUAGACCGAACAAAUGUCACACAGAGCAUGAUUGGUAGGAAAAUGUUGGAAUUUCAAUUCAAAAGACUGGGUGUGUUUGGUGCUGAAGACACCAUUAGCAGCCACCCCAACCUUGAUGAGAGCUUCAAAAAUUUAUGGGCUGAUCAUGGCGAUGAUAUAAGUAUACAAUAUUCUGGAACUCCUGCUUUAAAGGGGGAUUUUGUGAGGUGUGGUCAAAGAACACCCCAAGGCAUUCUCGCCGAUGGCUAUAAUGCCCUAAAACGCUACUACUUGAACAAUUUCCGGGACGGUAUCAAACAGGAUGCAAUUGAUUUAUUGCAAGGGCAUUACAUUGUCUCUGUUGCCCGAGACCCUAUGCAGACAUCUCAAAGGGCAGGCAUUGAAGCUGUUGCUUCAUUUCCGCUAGCUUUUGCACUGAUUAUUCUCGGGCUAUUUUUUGCUGCCUUGUCGCUAAGACGAGUUCGAAAUGAUCCAUGGAACCUUUUGUCUUCAAUGAUUUGGGGAGGUAUGAGUUUGGGAAUAGCUGCUUUUGUGAAGGCCAAUGGUCGUGUGUUUUGCAACCGUCCACGUCUCCAUCAACCCAGGCGCUGAUCUUCUGAAACCCCAUUUUCAUAUGCAUUUUUUUAAUUGUAAAGAUCUCAUUUAUUCAUUAAUGAACAAUAAUCCUACACUUCGAAUUUCAACAAUGUACAACACACACUACUUUGCUUAUUAUCUACUUAUGAAAAAAAUAUAUUUGUAUCUAACAUCUUUGCAUCAAUAGAAUGGUACAAUUGGCACAACUCUUCAAAAGCUUCAAUGAUCUUAGGCAUAAAAUGGUCUAGUGGUG